GUCGAUACGAGUCGACAACGAAGAACGAGAAAGCGAGAGAGAUUCUAACCUCUCUCUCUCUCGUGCUACGAAAUCUCAUAAUCUCUUCUCAAUUACCAGAUCGAUCGCAAAAUCAUCAAGCUCCACACGCCGCCUCUAACCGUAAUUGACGGCGGUUGACUAACGUCCUCCUUUUGUUCCCGCGUGCUAGGAGGAUCGUCAAGUCAGCUUUUAAGCAACGCCUCCUCCGUUGACUUGACUUUUAAGAUAUCUCUGCGUUGAAGAAGUGUAGAAUGCUGGUGAAUUGGAAGAAACCUUACACAGAUUGGACCUAAUUUUUGGAAGGUUACGACGUGGUCAAAGGUGUAUAUAGCAUAUGCUUUUUUUAAAGAAGAUAACAAAAUAAUUAUGUCAGAGAGAAAGUUUCCUCUCAAUGCAAAAGACUACAAGUUACAAGAAGAGAUUGGAGAUGGUGUUAGUGCCACUGUGCACAAAGCUUUGUGUAUACCGCUUAACGAGGUCGUUGCUAUCAAGGUUCUUGAUCUUGAAAAGUGCAACAACGAUUUGGAUGGGAUCCGGAGAGAGGUGCAAACAAUGAGUUUGAUCAACCAUCCAAAUGUGUUACAAGCUCAUUGCUCAUUUACCGCUGGACACCAGCUAUGGGUUGUGAUGCCUUACAUGGCGGGAGGAUCCUGUCUCCAUAUAAUUAAGUCAUCUUAUCAAGACGGAUUUGAGGAACCUGUUAUUGCUACUUUACUCCGUGAGACUCUGAGAGCUCUUGUGUAUCUUCAUGCUCAUGGACAUAUACACAGGGAUGUGAAGGCUGGAAAUAUACUAUUGGACUCCAAUGGUGUCGUUAAGCUAGCAGACUUUGGAGUGUCAGCUUGCAUGUUCGAUACAGGAGAUAGACAACGUUCCAGAAAUACAUUCGUUGGGACUCCAUGCUGGAUGGCUCCUGAAGUCAUGCAGCAGCUACAUGGAUAUGAUUUUAAAGCAGAUGUAUGGUCAUUUGGAAUAACGGCACUUGAACUGGCACAUGGUCAUGCCCCAUUUUCCAAGUAUCCGCCAAUGAAAGUUUUGCUGAUGACCUUACAAAAUGCACCUCCCGGGCUUGACUACGAGAGAGACAAAAGAUUUUCAAAAGCCUUCAAAGAGAUGGUGGGUACAUGCCUAGUGAAGGACCCAAAAAAGCGCCCAACUUCAGAAAAGCUUUUAAAGCACCCUUUCUUCAAACAAGCGCGCCCGCCUGAUUACCUGGCUAAAACAAUUCUUAAUGGUCUUCCUCCAUUAGGUGAACGCUAUAGAACGAUAAAGUCAAAGGAAGCUGAUCUUCUGAUGCAAAACAAAUCUGAGUACGAAGCACACCUAUCACAGGCAAGGAUUAGGAAACAAAAAUUUCACCCAUCUCAAGAAUACAUAAGGGGAAUAAGCGCUUGGAAUUUCAAUCUCGAGGACCUAAAGAGUCAGGCUGCUCUUAUUUCAGAUGAUGAUAGUUCACAUGCUGAAGAGCCUGAUUUCAACAGAAAGCAAUGUGGAAGGCUGGAUGAAUCUGCUCUUUCCCCUGAAAGGGCUAGCAGCUCAGCAACAACUCCCAGUCAGGAUGACGAAUUGAACGAUAUACAUGAUUUGGAGAGUUCUUUCGCCUCGUUUCCAAGCAAACCUCUUCAAGCACUCAAAGGGUGCUUUGAUAUCGGCGAGGACGAGGAUAAUGCAACUACUCCUGAUUGGAAAGAUGCAAGCCUAAUGAGUACUGGACAACAGAAUUUUACAAAGGCUUCUAUUGGAUCUCUGGCCCACACCACGAAAGAAGAGGACACUGCAGCACAAAACUCUUCUUUACCUCGUCAUCUCAUUUCUGAACAAAAAAAAUAUUCGAGUGGUUCACUUAUACCAGAGAGUACUUACUCUCCAAAAAGAAUCUCAACGGAAGUUGACAGGGAGUUUCAACUGCGUAGAUAUCAGAGCUACAGCGGAUCAUUGUAUCGCGCCAAGAAAGAUACUGUGGACGAGAUGUCAGAUUCCCCGCAUGUGGAGCACAAGGGACGGUUUAAGGUCACAUCAGCUGAUCUGAGUCCCAAGGGAUCUACAAACUCUACAGUCACACCGUUUACCGGUGGUUCAAGCAGCCCGAUCUCCCUAACUACCGCCUCAGUCCUCCCAUCAGUUCAGUCGCUUUUGCAGCAAAAUACCAUACAGCGGGUAAAUUUCAAAUCCAUAAGAAAAAAUCACUUUUACAGUCUCAAGCAGCAACCUGGAUCACCAGAGACAAGCGUCGAUGAGCUAUUGCAGAUGACGCCUGCAACUCCACGGGAGAGAGAACUUCAGACCCAACUCAUGCUACUGCAACAAAGCGUUUUGAGCCAAACAGAAGAACUAAAGAAACAGAAGCAGAGAAAUGGGCAGUUAGAGAACCAGUUAAAUGCAUUAACACAGAGAAACGAUUGA